GACUUCCCGAUGACGCCCUCAGAGCAGAACAAGAGGAAGUCUCCGCCAGCAUAAUCAUUCUGCGUCUUCUUCCAGUCUGAUAGUGCUUAUUGUCACUGGAUUACAGUACCAGAUCCUGCCAUGGGUGUUCCUGCUCUUUUUCUAUUAAGUAGCCUUUGCUUUGUCUACAUUGUUCAAGCCCAACAAUGUUCCGCACCCAUUGGAGGACCAAACAUGAACUUAAAAGAUGACUACAUCACCCAGGAUACAUUUGAGGAUGGGGCUGUGGUUUAUUUUAAAUGUAAUGUUGGCUAUGAAUCUGCUGGAGGAUCUGGAAAGGUCACAUGCACUGCCGGCUCAUGGAGUCCUGUGCUGCUGAAAUGCGAGAAGAAGAGCUGUGGCGCUCCUCCAGAAGUGGAGUUUGGUCAGUAUGGGGACACCACGGCUGAGUUUGGUGAUACAGUUAAAUACGAGUGUAGAAAGGGUUACAACUUAGUUGGGAAUCCAGUUUUAAGGUGUGAAGACCAGGGAUGGGCAGGCAGACCACCAACUUGUGAAGUGAUUCGAUGUGUUACACCAGAUGGAGUUGUAAAUGGUACAUUUACACCACUGGAAGAAAACUAUGAAUACAACAGUGUUGUGAAGUAUGACUGCAACAAAGAUUUUGUGCGCAAUGGAUCAAGUGAGUUAGUCUGCUCUGAAGAUGGGAAAUUCCAUCCUGACCCUCCAACCUGUGUCUGGGUUGAAUGUGAGGAUCCUGUAAUUACACAUGCUGUCUACGUACGAGGUUCUCGUCCUCCACACAGAUACAAGGCCAGCGUGACAUACAGCUGUGAAAAUGGAUACAAUUUACAUGGAUCGUCUACCAUAACCUGCACCAUAGACAGUCAGUGGUCUCCAGCGUUACCAAGCUGCAUAAAAACUGAAGUGUCGACUGCACCUCCUUCCAACACCACAACAGCUGCUCCUUCUACUACUACUACCAGUAGUACUACUACUACUACUACUCCUACUCCUACUCCUACUACUACUACUACUACUACUACUACUACUGGCACCACUACUGCUACUACUGCCACCAAAACAUCCCCUGCAGGGAAUGGACAUUGUCUUUCACCAAGGAUUACUGCUCUGAUAGCUAUCUUAACUGUCCUCAUCUUCAUCACCAUUGUCCUAUUCUUCAUCUACAGAAGGCAACGUAAGCGCCACUGUCCUGCUUCAAAACUCCAGUUGGUAAACGUGUCAUCUUGAGGAGAGGAUCAUCUCUGGACUAGUCUGUGAAUCCACAUGCUUCAAGAGAGAAGUGUGGAAAUCAGCUUCUGCCGGGCAGCCAUUCUGUGAUUCAGACACUUGACAUUUAUUCUCUCUCAAUGCUUCAAACAACCUGUCUGAUUAGCCAUAGUAAUUUACAGUGUUUACAUAGAUUCAUAUCCCUUUUUUUUUUACUUUAUAUCUCUUCCUAAAUUGCAGCUUAUCUUAAAAUAGUGGGAGAAACAAAAACAUUGUCUUGUGAAAAUAGUGCAUCUUUUAGUGCUUAAUUAACAAACAUCAUGUCUGCCUAGAAGGUUUUGACCUGUUGAAUUUGACAAAUAAAGCCCUAGUGGAUUAAACCCCUUAAUCUUAGUGUUCCAUAUUUAUGAACUAGACAAUAGCUUCUCUUGAAAAGUUCUGAAAUUAUUUCCUAACAAAGCGCAUAUCAUUCAAUAUAUGCAUCAAUGCAAAAACAAAACAAAAAAAACCAAAUCUUUAUUCGUAGUAUGUUAAAUAGUUUUGUAUGUUUAACUUUUAUUUAUCAACUUUGUUAAUCCCAAAGAAGAAAAAAAAUGCUGUUUAUACUUUAUAUGUUUUUUUUUCAAUGAGUUUUUGUAGAUGCUGAUUGCUGUGGGAAGGAAGGAUCUUCUAUAGCGUUCUGAUUUACAGCAGCCUCUGACUGAACACACUCUGUUGUAUGAAAGGCCAAUAAAGGCUAUUCUCGGGGUUGACCAUGAUAGUUUUCACUUUACCACAUAGUACGAGGAAUAGCAUCUUCUUUUUAUAAUUAAGCCUUCAGUAUUGAAUGGGAUCAAAUUGAAAUAGAUUUAUUAAAGCUUAUUUCAAAGAUGUUUGCACUUCAUGAUUAUUAAAAUGAUCAUGUUAAUAUUUAUAUUUUUAUGGAGACAAUUGUAAAACUGUAGAAUUUCUUACUUCUAUUGAAAUGAUAUUACACAACAUCCUAUGCAAGUAUUUUAUGCAUCUUGAUGGAUUGAUAGAUGUUGGAUGAUGGAUAGCUGUUUUCCUUUAAUAAAUGAAAUCCUAUAUAAGCAG